UGGAGAGAAUUAAAAUCAGCAUCCAAAUUAGCUCUCAAUUCUGGGUGAAGCUCCCAGAGAAAAACUUCAAUCAUGAAGUUAAUUGCCAUCUUUUUCCUUUGCUCCAGGCUGCUACCAACUUUAACCCAAGAGUACAGCUCGCAAGAAAUUGACUGCAAUGAUGAGGAUGUAUUUAAGGUUGUGGACACAGCUCUGAAGAUGUAUAAUGAUAGAAAGCAAAGUGGCAACCAGUUUGUAUUAUACCGCAUAACAGAAGUCACCAAGACGGAGAACAAUGAUGUAUUUUUCUCUGUCAAGUACGAAAUCAAGGAGGGUGACUGCCCUGUUCAAAGUGGCAAAACCUGGCAGGAUUGUGACUACACAGACUCUGAGAAAGCUGCCACAGGAGAAUGCACAGCAACGGUGAGGAAGAAAGGGGAUGUGAAAUUCUCUGUUGCUACCCAGACCUGCCAGAUCACUCCAGCCGAGGGCCCUGUGCUGACAUCCAAGUAUAACUGUCUUGGCUGCGUGUACCCCAUAUCGACUGCCAGCCCUGAUUUGGCACCCGUUCUGAAACAUGCCAUUCAACAUUUUAACAACAACACUGAUCAUUCCCACCUCUUUUCUCUUAAAGAAGUAAAAAUGGCCCAGAGACAGGUGGUGGCUGGAUGGAACUAUGAAAUUACUUAUACAAUUGUGCAAACUAACUGUUCCAAGGAGAAUUUUCUGUUCUUGACUCCAGACUGCAAGUCCCUUCUCAAUGGUGAUACCGGUAAAUGUACAGAUAAUGCAUACAUAGAUCUUCAGGAAAGAAUUGCUUCCUUCUCACAGAAGUGUGAACUUGAUCCAGUGGAAGAUUUUGGACUACCACCUAUCAGGGGUUGCCUUGGCUGCCCCUCAGAAAUACCUGUCGACAGCCCAAACCUGGUGGAGCCUUUGAAACAUUCUAUCACAAAGCUUAAUGCAGAGCAUAAUGGACUUUUCUAUUUCAAGAUUGACACUGUGAGCAGAGCAACAUCACAGAUUGUGGCUGGAAGAAAAUAUUCUAUUGAGUUCACAGCCAGGGAAACCACAUGUUCCAAGCAAAGUAAUAAAGAGUUGACUGAAAGUUGCGAGAUAAACAAACUUGGACAAGUUCUAGGCUGCAGUGCUGAUGUUAUUGUGGUACCUUGGCAGAACUUAGUUGAAACUACUGUCAACUGUCAACCACUAGGAAAGACCUCAAUGAUGAAAAGGCCUCCAGGUUUUUCACCUUUCCGAUCAGUACAAGUGGAGGAAAGAAAAGAAGGAACAACUAAGCACCUAAAGCUCUGCGAGUACAAGGGUCGACCUCAGGAGGCAGGGGCACAGCCAACAACUGAGAGUGAGGUCUCCUAACCAGUGGGCAGAAUCUCCAUGCCUGGCACAAUGGCCCCAACGACCUCUGUCAGCAGCCCUGUGUGGAAGGACAAGAAGAUGGGAUAGAAUGUAAAUAGAGAAGAAUGCCAUUUAUCACUGCUGCUGGGUGAAAUAAAGUUUGAUCUUGACAGUCUCA